CAGAACAGGCUGAGGUGCUGUCUCACGGCCAUCACUCCGAAUCUUUUGGAUUUCCUUCGUCCUUCUUGACUUGGAGAGGUUUCAGGAACAUUAGGAGGUCCUGGACAGACCCCGAUCUCACCGUUUAUGGAAGCUGCAACAAGUGCGUCGCGUGCAGUGAGGUGCGAGGUGGUCAGCAAAGCCCUCUUUUCUGCGGAUGGGAACAUGCUGAUCGAUGUUAAAAAAGAAGAUCGACGACUACACAUUGAUGCCAGCCCUCUGCGCUGUUUGAUUGGGUGUGACUCUCCUCCUCAGGCCGUGUGUGAGGGCUGCUCGCGCAUCAUCUCUGACCGCUUCCUGAUGCGAGUCAACGGCGCGUAUUGGCACCAGGACUGCCUGCAGUGUGCAGCGUGCCAGCAGCCGCUCAUUGCCACCUGCUACUUCCGGGACAGCAAACUGUUCUGCAGGAGAGACUACCAGAGAUUAUUUUCCACCAAGUGCAGUGGCUGUCUGGAGAAAAUCGGUCCAACAGAGUUUGUAAUGCGAGCUGUGCAGAGUGUUUACCACCUCAGCUGCUUCUGCUGCAGUGUCUGUGAGCGCCGACUGAGCAAAGGAGACGAGUUUGUGCUUAAGGCUGGUCAACAGCUGCUGUGUAAGGCCGACUAUGUGAAAGAAAGAGACCUGCUGAGGACCAUGAGCCCAGAGAGUUCAGAUUCAGAAAAGAGUGAGGAUGAGACUUCAGAUGUAAAGCCAGAAAAAAUCAUUACAGCAGAGAAAAGGAAUGAUGACAGCAAAGAUCCUCUGCGUCCUAAACGACCGCGCACCAUUCUCACCACACAGCAGAGACGUGCCUUUAAGGCAUCAUUUGAGGUUUCCUCCAAGCCCUGCAGAAAGGUCAGAGAAACCCUGGCAGCAGAGACCGGGCUGAGUGUUCGUGUGGUCCAGGUGUGGUUCCAAAACCAAAGGGCAAAGAUGAAGAAGUUAGCACGCAGACAGCAGCAACAGCAGGAGCAGCACAGCAGUCAAAGACUGGGCCCAGAAGUAAUAUCUGGCUGUAUGGAUGGUCUGCUCAGCACCUUCUCAGGGUCUCUGCCUCCAACCCGGCCCCAGUUGGUGACCAUAGAGCAUUGUGGGUACAACAUAGACUGUCUCCAGCAGGGCCUCACUCCACCUCAAAUGCCCGGUGACCACAUGAAUCCCUACGGUAUGGAUUCCAUUUUCCAUGACGACAGUGACACCUCUAUGACAAGUUUAAGUGAGGCCUUUAUUGCCUUUCCAGGUGGAGGAUUCCUACAGGCACAAACAGGAAACCCAAUAGACAGCCUUUACUCCAUGCACAGCUCCUACUUUGCUUCCUGAGACCUGCCCAUCAUUGUCUCAUGCUGCUGAAUAAAUAUUUUUCAAAACUAUUCACAAAUGGACAAAGUUAAAGAUCAAAUUGAUUGAUUGUAUUUGAUUUGGGUUAUUUAAUGCAGAAAAAAAACUACUUUCAAAAAUGUUAAAACUUCUGUCAGUCAGCAUGUGUAAAGAGAUCCCAGAUCUAUCAGAGAUUGUUUUAUUCUAGGGACAUUUCAUAUAAGAAGGUAACUAUUAGUAAAUAUAAUUCUACUGACAUGAUUUUUGCGAACCAUUAAGUCUAUCUGUAUCUGUUCUUGUAUGUAUGUGUGAAAUGUAAUUUACACCUUAAAGAACAUCCAGAAUUGCCCUUUAAAAUGGACAACUAUUUAUCUCUCACCAGCAUCCAUGUGUCAUUUAAAUGGGCAUCAAAUGUAAAUAUCUAUUUUUUAAAUUAAGAAGUUUUGUUGUACACCAGAAGCCCGAAACUCCUUUUACUCCUAUAAGUAUUUAUAUAUACAGUUGUAUUGUCUGAGAAAACUGUUGUUGCAUUACUAUUUAUUUUCUAAUUUUAAGACAAUAAUGUGUUUUA